AUGGGGCACAAGAAGCGAAACGUGGCCGUUUCUCGCUCCAAGCCCUCACCAACGGCGGUGGUUUCUGGCGGCGCAAUCACCAACGCCGAAGGUUGUCCUCCCAGUUCGCCUGACACCGAGAAAAUCCUGAACAGUUCAAAUCUCCCAAUUUUAGAACAGAAACAUCAGAGUAAGAAUGAAACGUCGUCUUCUGUUGAAUCGGACGGUUCGUCUUACUCUGUAAUCAAGCUCGAAUGCGAGCGAGCCCUAACUGCUCUUCGCCGUGGAAACCACACAAAAGCCCUUAGGUUGAUGAAGGACCUGAGUGUGAAACACGAAAAUUCGGGUUAUUCGGCUUUGAUUAAUCGAGUCCAAGGCACAGUGUGCGUGAAAGUGGCCUCGAUUAUCGAUGAUCCUGCUUCAAAACAACGACAUUUGAAAAAUGCGAUAGAGAGUGCGAAAAAGUCAGUGUCGUUAUCGCCAAAUUCAAUUGAGUUUUCCCAUUUCUAUGCUAAUUUAUUGUAUGAGGCCUCCAAUGAAGGGAAAGAAUAUGAGGACGUGGUACAAGAGUGUGAGAGGGCUUUGGCGAUUAAGAAUCCAGUGGACCCAGGUACGGAGAGUCUGCAAGAUGAGACUCAGCAGAAAAUAUCGACACCCGAAGCGCGAAUUGGGCAUGUGCAGAAUGAGCUCAGAAGUUUAAUUCAAAAGUCUAAUAUCGCCUCCAUUUCGACUUGGAUGAAGAAUUUGGGAAAUGGGGAGGAGAAGUUUAGGUUGAUUCCAAUAAGGAGGGUGUCAGAGGACCCGAUGGAGUUGAGGUUGGUCCAGGCAAGAAGGCCGAAUGAGAUAAAGAAGGCGACGAAGACCCCUGAGGAGAGGAGGAAGGAGAUAGAAGUUCGGGUAGCUGCUGCGAGACUGUUGCAGCAGAAGUCGGAGUCACCACAGUCGCAGAAUGAUGGGGAUAAGAGCUUGGAUUCAUCGUUGGGAUCUGGUCAGAAAGUGGGUGAGCGACGAAAGAGUGGGAAUACGAGGAAAAAUGCAUCCUCGGCAGAGAGAAGGGACGGGGUUCGAUCUUAUUGGAGUUCAAUGACUUUGGAUCUGAAAAGAGAGUUACUUGAAAUAAGGGUUUCAGAUCUUAAGGCUCAUUUCAAUUCGUCCAAGGAUGGCCUGCCAAAUCAAAUCCUGACAGAAGCUUUGUCGUUUGCCUCUGCUAAUAAAUCGUGGAAAUUUUGGAUGUGUUGUCGUUGCAGUGAGAAAUUCACCAACUCUGAAUCAUAUAUUCAACAUAUUGUGCAAGACCAUAUGGGGAGCCUUCUGCCCAAAUUGCAGUCAAUUCUGCCUCAGAAUUUGGAAAAUGAGUGGGUUGAUAUGCUUCUCAAUUGCUCUUGGAAACCACUGGACAUCCAGGCUGCGGUUGAAAUUUUAAAAAACCAAUCAAAAUCCCAAGCUCCUGAGUUUCUUGAUGAGGCUUAUCCCAGAAAGGAUACAGGAGAGUGUAAGGACUUUUUCGAGGACAGUUUCUGCUCUGAAAACGACUGGGUUUCAUCCCCUAGGAAAAAGAAAUUGGAGGAAAGCUGCAAUGGUAGUACUGUGGAGAGUGGAGAAUGUGAUACGAUCUCUGACAUUGCACGGAGGGAAUGUGAUGGAAAUCAAAUUUAUAAGACAUAUUUUCUUCCCGAUAGCUGGCCAUUGUCUGAUGAUGCUGAGCGUGGAAAGAUCCUCGAAAGAAUCCAUGUUAUAUUUGAGGCAUUUAUUAAACAUAAAUACCUUGCUGCUAGUCAUGUGAACAAGGUGAUACAAUUUGCAGGGGAGGAACUGCAGAGUCUGGCCUCUGGUUCUCAGCUUCUUAGCUAUGGUGUGGAUCAAACACCCCUAUGCAUCUGCUUUUUGGGAGCUCCUGAGCUUAAGAAAAUACUUAAAUUUUUGCAAGAGCUAUCUCAUUCUUGUGGAAUAGGUAGAUAUUCUGAGAAAGGUAAUGGCAUGGAUGAUUCAAAGAGUGCCAUUCAGAGUGCCAAAAUCACAGAGAAGGUAUUUCUCAAUGAAGAUGCAUCGUGUCUGUUGUUGGAUGAGCAUUUCUUGCCAUGCAGUAUCACACCCUCCACAUGCCGUGAUGCUGCCACUGAUGAUGCAACUGCAGCAACGUCUGCUAAUGCUAGCUAUCAUAGUGAGGUUGUACUGGAUGCCGAUUCUUUAUUAUCCUGGAUAUUUAGAGGUCCUACAAGUGGGGAACAAUUGGCAUCCUGGACGCAUAUGAGAGAAGAGAAAGCAAAUCAAGGGAUUGAAAUUCUUCAGAUGCUUGAGAAGGAAUUUUACCACUUGCAAAGCUUGUGUGAGAGAAAAUGCGAGCAUUUAAGCUAUGAGGAGGCAUUACAGGGAGUGGAGGAUCUUUGUCUUGAAGAAAGUAAGACAAGGGAGCAUGUCACUGAAUUUGUCCGCCGAAGUUAUGAAUCUGUCUUAAGGAAACGGCGAGAAGAGCUCAUUGAAAAUGACAAUGAUGCCAUGUUUAUCAGCAAUAGGUUUGAGUUGGAUGCGAUAUCCAAUGUUCUUAAAGAAGCAGAAUCUCUGAAUGUCAAUCAGUUUGGAUUUGAGGAAACUUAUAAUGGCGUCACUUCACAUCUCUCUGACUUGGAAUCUGGUGAAGAUGAUGAAUGGAGAACGAAGGAUUAUCUGCAUCAAGUGGACUCUUGCAUAGAAGUUGCAAUCCAAAGACAGAAGGAGCAAGUGUCUAUUGAGCUCAGCAAAAUUGAUGCAAGAAUCAUGCGAAAUGUUACUGGCAUGCAGCAGUUGGAAGCUAAGCUUGAUCCUGCCUCUAUGCACGAUUAUCGGGCAAUUCUGGUGCCUUUGGUGAAAUCAUACAUGCGGGCACACUUGGAGGAUUUGGCAGAGAAAGAUGCCACAGAGAAAUCUGAUGCUGCUAGAGAAGCAUUUUUAGCAGAACUUGCUCUUGAUUCUAAGAAGGGCAGUGCUGGAGGAAGUGAUAGUUCUAGACAUAUACAUGAGAAGACUAAAGAUAAGAGAAAGAAUAAGGAAUACAGAAAAACCAAGGAUUCAAAGCCUGCUGGUAAUAACGGGCUGCAUAUGCUUAACCAUGAGGUCGCUGAACAGAACUCUCCUUCAGUUGCAUAUGAUGGUGACCUUUCAGAUACUGAAAUACUUGUUCCUGGGAGUGAUGAUGCCUUAAAUCAACUGGAAGAGGAAUUUAGACGUAGGAUAGAGCUUGAAGCAGAGGAAAGGAAGCUUGAAGAAACUUUGGCGUAUCAAAGACGAAUCGAAGAUGAGGCUAAAUUCAAGCACCUAGCCGAGCAACAUAAGAAAACUGCAAUAACAGUUUCUGAGAAGGAGGUUUCUGUUGGACUGCCCAAUGCUAAUUUGAAGCAGGGCAAUGAUGAUCAAGAUGAACGUGAGAAGUUGAAACAUUAUAAGCAGGAGCCCUUGACACAGAAGAAUGGAUUCAUAAACAUUUUGGAAGGUCUGCCGAGAAGCACUGCAGAUGGUGCUACACAAAGGACUGAUAGUACUCACAUAUGCUAUGAUACGAAAGUUAAACAAGGCAUACCAAAUGGAGGAAUUCCAGAAGAUGGUGUUUUGUCCUCUGAUCGAAGGACAGGAAGGAGAAGACGGACAAAGAAUACGACCAAAUUGAUUGACGGAAAGUAUCAACCCACGCCAUCUGAGAAGGAAAAUAUUGAGAUUGGACAAGUAAAACCCAGGGACAGUUUACAUGUUGAGAGCAGUAAGUUUUUUCCUCUUAGUUUUCACUUAUUUUCCUUGCUUGUCUCUAAAGCGUAG